AUGUCGCAACUACCGAAAUCUUUGACACUAAUCCCAUCAUGUUCUGAAUCUAGUUUAAAAUCAGAUGUUCCGAUUCAACGUUUAGAGCCUAUGCUGCUACGUGGAGCAGAAAAUGAUGAUGUUGAAUUGCUAGGUGAAACAAUAGAAUGUGCUAGGAAAACCCACCAGCUGAAUCAGGAAUUCCUCUUGAUUGGGUUAAUGCGAAGUUCAGAAAAGAAUAAGUUUGCUGCCACAAAAUAUCUCCUCGACCAGGGUGCACAGUCUGAUGAGGCGAUCGGAAAGGCUGUAAAAAGACUAUCCCCAUUACUUCGUGCAGUGGAACGUAACAACAUUGAAAUUGUCCAGCUGUUAUUAAAAUAUGGUGCAAACCCUGAUACUGCUGACAAAAAGGGGAGGACGGCGCUGAUGACAGCUGCUUGGCGCAAUCACUGGCAUAUAUUGAAUUUACUCAUUCACAAGGGAGCAUCUAUUAAUGCCCAGGAUCACAAGGGGCGUAACGUGCUUCAUAAUCUAGCAGCUGACAAGAAAUGUGACUGGGGCGAUUCUGUGAUAGAAUUGCUCCUCAGCCAAGAUAUAUCUAUCGAUGGGGAACGUGGUCAGGAUGGGCUAGGGAGGACACCGCUUCACUGGACAUGUGCUACGGGAAAAAUAAAUCUAACUGAGAGACUCCUCACCAGAAACCCCAAAGCUAAUUUACAUGCCAUAGAGACUAGAGGGAAAACAGCCCUACACUUGGCCGUCUCAAACAACAGACAAGAUAUCGUAAACUUGCUCCUGAAAUACGGCGCUCAUAUAAAUGCGAAAAGUGAUGGGGGAUGGACUCCUCUGCACAAUGCUUUGGAGAUAGAAUCCGAAAAGAGAGCAUCUGCCAAGAUUUUGCGGAUGCUCAUCUCUCACGGAGCAGAUCCUAACGCUAAACUACUCAAUGGAAUGACCCCUCUUCAUAUCGCGGCCCAGAAUGGAAAUAUAUUGGCAGUAAAAUACCUCCUCGAACAGCCAGGCAUCAAAAGUACAGUCCGGGAUUCAUUCGGUUGUACUCCUUUUCUUAGGGCUGCCAAGAAUAAGAGAAAGGACAUAGUUAACCUUCUGGCGCCUUUCAAUCAUCCCGAAAGACUAUGCCGGGACGGGCUAGGUGCAUGUCAUGGAUUUAACGCUACCAUUGUUGACUUUGGGAAUUUCCGUAAUGGAAACCGUGUGCAAAAGCCUUCUGUCUUUGAACUACUCUAUGACAAAGAUCCUAGCAAUAAAUUGAAGCCAAAGCAUUCCAUACUAUCCACUGACAAGGCAGCAAGUUUUAGAUGGAUCCAUUUACCAGCUAACAAUGUGGCUUGGGUAGAAGUUCUUCUCACGAAACUUUUUGUCGAAGAAAAUGUUAAUGACAUCGAAAGUUUUAGGUCACUAGAAGAUUCAUUAAGCUAUCAGCAUAGGGGUCAAAAGAGCCAUUCUCACUUUAUGAGAUCAUUCUGUCAGAGUGCACCUAGAGGCUCUGAAAAAGAUGGGGAGAUUCUACCUAUGUCAUCCAGCCCAAGGUCUUCGUCUGUUCUUUUAAAUGAGCGACAGCAUGUCACACCUUCUAACGGCUCCCAACUUCAAUCUUGUAGAGAUCCUCACAAAAUUGAUACAAAAGAUAGCAAUACAAAGGUCCGUUUGAUAAAAGAUGAUGGAAAACCCCAUAUCAGGGAAAAAGGAAAUAAACCAAAAGCAAAGUCAAAGCUUUCGAGGGACAUUGAUAUAACCAGUAAAACUGAAACACAUCACCCACGCUCAUCUGGCGUCGCCUCUAAAGUAGCUUCGCAGCCCAAGUCGACCAAUAUAUUUACCUUUAUGCCGUACAUUCACUUUGAAAGUCAUCACCGUCAACUUGAAAGGCAAAAAGCAAUUAGCCGAGCCGAGACUCUUCAUUCCUCACAUUUCAAAAAUAGUGAACGGGCCGGAACAUUUGACGAAAUGCUUAUUCGAGCGCAUCUCUCUAAAUCUAAUGUGUCUCUACACCCUCGUCGAACACUUGAUCAAUCUUUUUACCAUAAUAUCGAUACCAAAUCUCGUGACCAAGAUCAAGUAGUUUACCGCUAUCAACUCAAAUCAUCCAGCUCUAAUGAUGGGGUUGACCCAAAAAUUUUAAUGGUUGAUCAAUUGUGGAUGUGGAUUUUAGGUAAAGACCUUAUUGUGACCUUGUUCCCUCAAAGCUGGCAACAACCCAAAAAUGAUCCAUUAAAUGUCCUUGACUCUGUGAUCGAAGACAUAAACUCUAAAAUUCGAGAACCAGUGGCAUCAGUCUAUGAUCUCUCUAUGAUUAUAACUAAAAGGUGUACAAGCAUAUUUAAUCGGUAUGGUACCGGGGAUAACAAUUAUCAGUUUCUUGAUAUGUUUGAAUCAUCUAUCGGGAGUGUUACUGAUCGAGAAAAUAUUUUAUUCAAAGAAUUUAACAUGGUAUCUGCUCAGGCAUCAGCAUGGCUCCGAAAUAACCGCCAAUCAAGUUGGUUAUCCCGUUAUCUAUCGGGUCAUACAACAGAUACUCAUGUUAGACCCCAGAUAUUUGAGAAUGAGGUUCAAUGGGAGGAAAUCCACCAUAAUCCAAUCUUUGUCGAUAAACUCCUUGAUAUUGGACAAGAAACUGAUUUGCUGGCCGAAGUCAAGGAUAUCCGUGACGAACUGAAUAUGAUUGCCAAGAUACUAGAGGAUCAAUUGCAUGUCUUACCUGAUUUCCAAGAAGCUAUUUGCGACUCUUAUGUGGCGGAGCACAAGUCACAGGCUGAGGUCAAAAAGAGAUUUAGAGAUAUGGUCAAACUUAUCGAAGUCCAUAAUAACGAUAUUGCACGAAUGGAUCGACAGGCUGAACGAAUAUAUAAAAGCAUUACCGAUAUGCUCGAUCUAAAACAGAAGCAUGCUAAUGCCUUGGAGGCUCGCUUUACUCGAGACCAAGCGGCAGGAACAGCACGGCAGAGCCAGACAAUUAUGGUUUUUACGAUUGUGACCAUUAUCUUUCUCCCUCUCUCGUUUAUAGCUACCUUUUUUGCCAUUAACAUCCGGGAAUUCCCUCGGGGAAUCGAUGGGCCCGGUAUUCCGCUCGGUUACGUCUCGAAAUACCUAUUUGGCGUUGGAUUCACCGUUUCGCUACCCUUGAUCGCGGUAGCCCUCUUGGUCGACGAUAUAAGUAUCAUAUUUCGCCAAGCCAAAGCUAUCCUUCGUCGACCACGAGGGCGUGAAGAGCAGUUUGCGGCAACUCCUGUCCAUGAGCAACAUGUCACUGAGAGAGUUGCUAGCACGGAGCGAUGUGUGUAUAGUGAAGAAUUAGAGCGCAUGCAUCUCCAAUUUACGGGAGAUCACUCUGGCUCAGUGAUGUCGGACAUGCAGACAGUAACGCCGACCAGAAAAAUGAUCACGGGAUUUCGGAUUCGGGCCAGUCGAGAUCUCGAGCAAGGUUCAUUAUGA